AAACAGAAGUACUUAGGUUGUACUUAAUUUUAUAAAUCCAAAGUUUUUUUCGAUUUUGAUCGUUCAAAAGAAAGGAUAAUUUCAAUUUCUUCUAGUCGUGUAACUAGUAGUAGUCUACAUCUACAACGUCCUCGAGGAAAUGAAGAUAAGCAGGAGGCAAAGACCAAGAAGAAGAAGAAGGAGACAGAGACCAAGAAGUGCUAGUUCCAUCAAAUCAUCAGAAGGAUGAGAGUGAGACGCAACAACGCAGAUCAACAGGAGAUCGAAAUCGGGUCUCAAGGAGAUCUCGCCUUUCCAUCCCAAUGGACUGACGAACAAAGUGGUGUUGAAAAUGCUGAAGGAGAGCAUGAUCAGAGAGAAGAUGUUAAGGCUACCGCUGAAGCAUGUCCUUAUUUAACAUCACCAUGAUAGAUCUUACUUUGGUUCUUUUUUCUCUACAACUUGUGAAAAAGAAGCAACCAAGGAGGACGCUCUUAAUGGGGAGAUGCGAACGCGGUAGCUCUAAAACAGGAGGCGGGGGAGGAUGUCGUUGUUGUGGAGGUGAUGGGUGUAGGUCGGAGAAGAAAACGACUUCCCUAGAUGAAGUCGAAGGACUAUCAAAAUCCAGAACAACAGUUUCAUCUACUGCGGACAAUGAAAAUAUUGAUGCCAGUGCUGCAGCAGCACCAUCAGUUGCAUCUCAGAAUGACGAAGAUACUCUCGCUAGAAGUAGUACCAGCAAGAAGGCAGCUGCUUCUGGAUCUGGUUCUGAUCUCUCUAGUAGUACGACUGCUUCAUUUUCAUCAGGUUCAGGACAAGCAUCAACUUCAACCACUGAUGAAGGAGUCUACUGUGCUCUUUACACUAAUGGGCAAUUAACUGACUUAGGAGGCAGACUGUAUUACCGCAAUGGUGUCGAAAAUUCCACGUCUGCUACGGCAUUGACGUGCCUCAUUGUCAUCCUGAGUUUCUAUGCUGGCUUUUACAUGCAGCGUGCAUUAAGGCCACAAGAAGAAAUCCAUCUUCCCCCGCAUCAUCGAUCUUGGUCCUGCGUCCAUUUCUAUGUCAACUUCUACAGGGAACGAACCAAGAAAUGGAAGCAAAUCCAAAUAAAGGAACCAAGAUGAAGCUUCAGUGAAAGUGGAUUUCUUCACUUACAGUUCUAAGUGCAGCACUACGUGCUAGUGCGUCGGCUCGUGGAGGAGCCGCGGAACAGUUUCGGGGAGGUGGGUCCACAGCAGGAAUGUUCGCACGAGGAGCACGCGAAAGUCUCGUAAAUGGACUCUUUUUGCUAGCGUUUGCGCACACUGGGUUGGGAAUACAAGAACUCCGCAACACACAGAUGCCUUGGGUGAGCGCGCUUGCUCAACUAUUCUACGUAGGAGUCGGCUCAGCGUGGACGUGUGCUUGUCUGGCGAUUUACUGCUAUGAAGGUGAACGAAAGGUUUUUAGAUUUUUGACGUUUGAGGAGGGACCAAGUAAUUGUAGAAUUAGAAGCAAGAAGAACUCUACCAAAUGCUCAACCGCCGAGAUCUAUUUUUGACGCACAGAUUUCGAUCAUGAUCACGACAUUCAGACUCUGUCUCUACGGGUGCUAUGAGUAGUACUAUCAGGAGCAUACACAUGCUAUUUUCUGUUGAUUCUAAUCCCAGGACAUGCCGCCCGCAGUCGACAAUGAUUACGAAUACUUAGCACAUCUGGCAGGCGAAAGCGAAGAUGAAGAAGAGGAUGUAACACCAGAAGCGGAUGUUGCCCUAGACGAGUAUGGACGUAGCGCAAGGAGUAGUAUCACUCCUACUUUCAACCCUUCUAGUACAGGCAGUCGAGAGAAACAAGUCAUGUUCUACAAGGAGCCACUUCAACAUCGUGACACGAAUCAACUCCAGGAUGACGAACAAGAUUACCACGAUGAAUAUCUUCCUUUCUUAGAUGGUGCAGUGACACGUGUAGCAAGGGAAAAUCAGCGUAUUGCUGACCAGCAGAAGGGGGUAGCGAAGGAGACGAUUUCUAGAGAAGCGCGUGAACGAGAACGACGCGACAGAAUCAUCGUGAUCAUCUACAUAAGCUUCGUCGUUUUGGGAUUCUUCAUAACGGUGGGGCGCCAGUAUCCGGCCUGGAGCUUUGUUGUUAAGGCUAUCUAUAAUGCUGUACUAGCAAAGGCAAUGAAUCGUCCAUGUCACUCACACUGUACGUAGGCAACAACAUGGUUUUUGAAUGUGAGGAGCUGCGCAUUCCAUUCAUCGUGGUUCCUAGAAGGGAAAAAGUAGAUGCAAAGCCCUGUAUCUUCUCCACGAAGAAGAUGACGGGGAAGUAAUAUGUUAUAAAAACUACCUUAUAGUAAUCGUAUUUACCUAUAAAUACCUCUAACCUUUCGUCCGGAUUGACGGUACUGAUGACGGGAGGUCCGGUAGUAGGGUCCGUUGCACUCUUUUCGGCGUAUGUAAGUCGACAGAACGCACGUGGAAAUCGUGACGACGGAGAGGACGAGGACCAGAACCUCUAUGGUAUGGACGAUGUGGAUGAAAAAGGCGACCAUUCGAGCACUGGAGAACAAGAAGACAGUGUAGAUUCUAGGGACUCUUCACGUUGGACCAGGACUACCAAGAUGACUCCUUCUAGUGUGAUGUUUCACCACCACCACCCGGAAGGUGAAGCUUCUAUGGCCGCUCCUGCUUCGUCGUCACCAUCGAAGAAGAGUAUCAUCAUCUUCAGGGAUAAGAAUAAUCCAACCUCAAGAUCGGUUGAAGUAGAUAGCGCGAGGGCUCCUAGAGGACCUACUUCAGCCAGUCCUAGAAGACCCACUUCUGGAAUAAGUGCGAAGAAGAAAAAACCACAAACAGUAGCCAAAAUACUAGCGAUGCGUCGCGCCAUAGCAGCGUUAGAUGAGAGGUCCCGCUUUCGGAAACAGCCAACAGCUAAUGACUUGUUGUCCACCACGUCUUCGUCAUCAGCCUCAGCAUCCUCAUCGUCUUCUAGCGCCGUUGCAUCAGACAUGGAUCCUCAGGACGAUAACUUCCAGUACAACGACCACAUUGCUAGGAACAUGAAAAAAAGCAGAAUUUUUACAGGGUCAGGUCGUGCGGGAUCUUCACGAUAUACUGCAUCUUCUCGAUAUACUGGAUCUUCUCGAUAUACACGCAACACGAGCAGGAAGCCAACAGGCAUAAAGGGAGAUAACAACUCAUCUGAGGACGAGCAUGAAGACGAUGUUUUGUGGCUUACAGAAAGAGAGAGCUUCUUCAGACCCACAGAACCUACGGUCGGACCAGCUGCCGUGCUAAAAAGUACAAGGAGAAGUAGAAGUAGCAGUACGAGAAGAACUAUGGGAGUUUUUGGAAGUACAGGCACAAGUAGUAGGAAAGAAAAAAGUCCUAAACUUCGUAGUAUCAUGAAAAAAACUUCUAGUACUACUGGUACAACUUUUAAAGAUGAGAACAAACUAGGGGAUUCUCUACAAGAACCCCACUCACAUGCACACUUUCAAGAGCCUACGCAGAUAAGUGAGACAAGUUGUACUAGAUCUCCUUCAUCUCCUGGUCCACGUGGCUUGAAUAUAAAAAGAAGAAAAACAAAUCUUUUAGAUCAUGACAUAGCAUGGUGGUCAGCGUCAUCGUCGUCUGAGGAGAUCCAACACGACUAUGCGCAGGACCCACCACAAGGUCCUUCGAGGAGUAAAUCUUAAGGCAUGUUCUUGUACAUUAUUUCUCAAAUACAUCAGUGUGAUUCAUCUGAUCCCACUGUAGGGAGUGGACAGCAGUUCAACACAUCAAUAAAUAUGUACUAGAGAGUACUAGAGAGUACUGAAGACCAAGACUGCUUUAAGAUUCCCACUACGAACAUCAAGUGGAUGCUUUUCAGAUCCAGAAAGCCGAGGACUACAGGACGAAAAAACAGAAAAAGAAGCAGGAGAAAGAAAAAGUUUAUGAACGGAUUAGGAGUCGGGUCAUCGCAGACUAUGGAGACGAUGAAAAUGAUCGAGUGCGAAGACGACUACGUCGAGGUCGCCGAGACCGAGAUCUUCGUCUCACUAUUACCAAGAAGACGAGUGAGAACGGGAAGCAUCGGACGAAAGGCAGAAGCUGGACGCAACGCCUGACAGACCAAGUCAGAAAGAUGAAGAUCUCUCGUGGCACUGCUGUCAGCAAGAAGUCCAGAGGAGCUGACGGAGAGGGCUCUUCCGAAGACGAUGAAGAUCGGCAUGAGUAUGAGGCGUUGCGAAGAGACCUCAUAGAACGCGUGUUUUUGUUUCGGAACAGUAACGAUGCUGAGUUUCGGACUCCCACGCUAAACCUGGUUCUCUUCAGUCAAGGGUGCAUGCUUGUUAUUGUUAUGGUGGCAAGGACUAUGUACUCAUCAUAUUCGUCGAUCUAGUAAGUACUAUGUCGUGUAUGUCAAUGCCUCUCUUUGUGUAUGUGUAGCUGUACUCUGUGUAGUCCUCGUACUUGGAUGUAAUAAGCUAGGGCUGCUAGUGCUAACAUUCUUGUGGUUUUUUCUUCUAAAAGGAGAGGCUACGUGAUGGAAAUCGGUUUGCGCGACCGAUGCGGUAUCAAUUUUUGCAUGGCGCCUCAAAGUUGCCCACUGUGGUUUUUGAUUCCUCAUUUGAACCACGUUGCGAUCCGCAGUCUGAUGUACCUCUUCGCCUUACCCUGGAUCGCCAUCGGGGCUUCUGGACUAUGCAAGCACUUGGAGAGCGAAAAUUUUCUGCGUGAAGUGCACAAAGCCGAAAUGGACACGCGGGAUGAGCAAUUACAGGCUGAUCGCGAAGCACGCAAACUCGAAGGGGAAGUGCUGGAUGACGACGGACAGGACCAGGACGAAGUGCUUGAUCAUGAGUCGGGAGGUUUUUUCAUUUCAUUCGCGACAGCAGCAGGGUCCUCGGAUCCGUUUUUUAGGGCCAGCGAUCUUGCUUUUGACGACACUUUUUUCGCAGCAGGUGCAGAGAACCGAGCGGGUGGAGGAGGUGGACAUUCUUCUAGGAGUACUUCUGCUUCUACUCGAGGACGAGGACGAAAGAUUAUUAAGGCUCAACUUUCAAUGGUCAUUGGAGUUGGUCACUGAGAUCGAAGAGGCGACCCCUUGAGAGAACAGGGGAAAACGAAGGGAAAGGGGAGAGCUUUGAAGAGGGUCCCUUCCGUUCAGAGUCAGUGACCAUUGAAGGCUGAGCUUUAAAAAGAGACCCGGUGUAUUGCGGAGAGAAGGGGAAUCAAAAUCAAUAGAACAAGGAGAACCAUAUUUGAUCGAACUCGAAGGAGGAGAAGACGACGAGGAUGAAGAUCAAGCAGGAGGUCAACGAAGAUUAUCAAGUCUGCUCUCUCGUUCACCUUCAAAUAGAACAAGAAGAUCGCAAUCCACUCCCACUCCUGCUUCAUCAACCAUGCAAAUAAGACGAGAAGGCCCGCCAAGUCCAACUCUAGUUCCACUACUACCCACAGGCAAGAGAAAGCUUCUGGUGGUGAGCCGUCCGACACCUGAAGAUGAGGUGCUGCUGGAUGAGGAAGACGACGGAGGAGACGAAGGAGAAGAGAAGACUCCUACGAAGACCAAUGAGGAUUGCUGA